CUUCCAAUCAGUCUCCCCAUAGUAAUACAAGAAUCUAUAAGGUGCCUUGAGAUCCAGCCUAGCAGAAAGUCAAAGCCUCACUGCUUAUAUAAUGCUUCCCCAGUUGAUCUGAGCAUCGUGUGAUCGUGUCACAACUCACAUGCACCUUGUCUAGAACCUAGGGAAUCCAAUCCGGUGUGGGCUUGAAGUUGCCGUGAGGGUGAGAUUCCGGCGGGUCGGAGAGGGCGAGCAACAGCAUGGACUCGAAGCAGCAGCUCGCGCUCCGGCCGAUCUCGACCAAGAGAGGCUCCGGCGGCGACGGCAGGGCGGUGCUGGCGCGGGAGCCGUCGAGCCUCACGAACGCCUCCUUCAGGGUGUACUACAGCCUGCGCGCCGGCGCCGGCGCCGUGCCAUUCCUGUGGGAGUCCGCGCCCGGCACGCCAAAAAGGGGCGCGGCCGCCGUCUCCCCAGGAAAAGAGGCACGCAACGCCACGAUGGCGACGACGCGGGCGGGCGGCGGCGCUGCCGACGUGGGUGGUGGUGCUACGCUGCUGCUGCCGCCCAUCUCGCCGCCACCGUCGUACCAGUCCCAGCUGAAGGGGAAGAAGGGGUGCCGGCAGAAGGCGCAGUCGUGGCCGGGAGGCAUCGUGAGAGCGCUGCUCGGAGCGCUCUGUACGAGGAAGAGACGCCGGCGGUCGGCUCCGCAUCCCGCCUCCUAUUAUGGUGAGCUGCCGCUGCAUUGCUAGUUUGUUCGCCACCGGACUAGUAGCUAGGAACGAAUCAAUCAGAGCGGCGAAAUGUCUCCCGCCCGUGAACGGGCAUUGGUAGAUGAUGUUGAUACUGUAAAGAAUGCCUUGUUGACAGCUCUAGUAUCACCGGUUAUCUAUUGAGCAUAAUGAUGAUACAUCAAGUUAACAGUAAAAUAAAUAAAUAAAACUAG